AGCAACUGGAAGCAGCCACGGCUAGCAUGAGCCCAGGCUCAAGUGAGUGUUUCCCCGGGAACACAACUGUGCAGCCUUGGAGCCAUGAGGCUGCAGAUGAUGACAUCCUGCUCUUCUCGGGGGCAAGGUCUCCGCUCCUGGGUGCCAGUCAGCAACAGUGGCAGAAAUAGAGGGACACCAUCAUCUACUUCCACCAUAGAUUGUGGGAAAUGAUAGUAAGAUGGAAAUGAUGGCAGAUGACUAUGACACAAGAGAUACCUUGAGGCCGUUGGUGUUCCGUCUCCAUGAGAAUGUCCCUGCAAUAGUCCGUGAGGUUUUGCUGGAACGUGGCUGGUCUGAAUUUGAUGAAAAGGAGCAAGAUGACGCAGACUGGAACCUGUACUGGCGGAACUCACCUUUCCGCAUGACAGACCACCACAGCAUUAAACCAUGGCAGAGACUCAACCACUACCCAGAAGCUGUCCGGAUCACCAGAAAAGACUACUUGGCAAGGCAUCUGAAACGUAUGAAAGGAGCAUAUGGAUCAGCUCUGUAUGAAUUUAGUCCAGUGGCAUUCAUCAUGCCCAAUGACUAUGUCAAAUUUAUAUCAGAAUAUAGCAAGGAGAGACAGUCAGUAGGCAGAAGACCUAGCUACUGGAUUUGCAAGCCUGUGGACCUCUCCCGUGGAAGGGGCAUACGAAUUUUCCAAGACAUUAAAGACUUAGUAUAUGACCGUGCAGUCAUUGUGCAGAAGUACAUUAGCAACCCCUUGCUCAUUUCAGGGUAUAAACUGGAUCUGCGCCUUUAUGUGUGUGUCACCAGUUUUUGCCCCCUCACCAUUUACACUUAUGAGGAAGGACUGGUGAGGUUUGCCACUGAAAAAUUUGAUCUCAGUUCUCUGGACAAUGUCUACGCCCACCUAACAAACACUAGCAUCAACAAAUAUGGAGCUUCAUAUAAAAAAUAUAAAGAAGGGAUCGGCUGUGGCUGCAAAUGGACAUUCAGCAAAUUUCGUUCUUACCUUAGAAUAUUUGGAGUUGAUGACAUGGUCCUCUGGCAGAAGAUCAAUAACAUAGUGAUUCUCACCCUCCUUGCUGUAACCCCUUUACCAGUGGCUUCCAAUUGCUUUGAGCUCUUUGGCUUUGACAUCCUGAUUGAUGACAAAUUCAAGCCGUGGCUUUUAGAAGUCAACUACAAUCCAGCCUUGUGUUUAGACUGUUCCAUUGAUGACGCUGUGAAAAGAAAACUUCUUCACGAUAUUGUUGAACUGCUGAACUACAAGCAGAUUGACACUUUCAGGCAAAACCAAGUGGCUGGGAUGCAGGCUGGCAGGAGGCAGGUGCCCUGGAGCACAGCUGGUGAGAGUGCCACCGAGGAGACUCCUGGCUUACUCACUUGCCAAAAAGUGGCUAAAUGUCCUUCUGCUUCUUCUGCACAACCUGCCCUGCAGGCUGCAAGAGGAUCAAUUCGUAAGGUGGCUGCCCUGACCAAGAAAACUGCCAGAGCACAUCCGAGAAAAACACUGACUUCCCAGUUGCGGGAAAGGAUGAACAUGCCAAAAAUACUCUCCCAAGCUGAAGCCAAAACUAAAAAUAAACAGCUUCCAGGAGCUGGGCAUUCUCCACACAAGUCUGCAGAUCUCAGCUGCUGGUUACCUACACCUGACUUCUGCAAGUACAAGUUUACCACACGCCCCUAUUUCCUCUCCGAUAAAGACCAGAGGCCUAUCCCCCGCGUAGGAGGUUUUGUUCUUAUUUUUCCUUUCAAUGAAGCUGCACUUCAAGCUUCCAGGGAUGGGACAGAUAUAAAGAGCAUCAUAAAGGAAAUAAACAAAUUAGUGCCCAAACAGUUGCCAUCAAAAGAGCAGAACACAAAGAAAAGGGUAGGCUAUUUAACUUCUGUGUAACUUCGUGAUGUUAGGUUAUAUAGACAUAUCAUAACUGACAACGUUAACUGGAAGGAGGUAGAUGUACACUGAAAUUGUAUGAGAAAGAGAUUUCAAACAAU